CUCUAUAUAAACAAACACCGGCAAUCAGUCUUGCUACUACUUUCAAAUUAUCUUCAUCUCCUCCAUCUUAGUGGCUUUUAUAUUACUUAGGAAUUUGCAAUGGAGAACUGCAGAGUUCUACUAAUAUGGAUGGUAGUGAUUGCUGCAUUAGGAUUAGGUGUAGAAUCUAAGAUCAAUUAUGCAUCAUAUGCAAACUCAGAAUUUGAAGAUUCACCUCUUCAAAUUACAUCUGAUGGAAUGAUUUACUGUUACCCAUGCUAUGGAAUCAAUUCGAAAAGGAAUCAUCUUGAAGGUGCUGUUGUACAAGUCACCUGUCAAGCAGGAGGAGGCAAACAAUUUGUUAGCUAUGGAAAGACAGGAAUUCAUGGUAAUUACAGUGUCAGAAUUGAAAGUUUCAACGAUGCCAAAUAUGGAGGAGCGGUUUGCAAGGCCAAGCUUCAUGCAGCACCAAAGGGUUCAGCCUGCAACGUUUCUGCUGAUCUGAAUGGUGGAAAGAAUGGUGCGCUGCUUCAAGUCAAGGCCAAGGACAACCAUGUGGUUGCUCUCCAAGCUAAACCGUUUGCAUAUGCUUCAAAAAUUUCAAUCUAUGAAUGCUCACAGAACGUUUCAACAACCAGUUAUCCAUAUUCUUCUCCUUUCCCACCAUCUCCAGUACCUUCUCCUUACUUGCAUAAGUCAUCCCAUCCCUCAGCAUACCAUGAAUCAGUAUACCCCAACAACAAGUCUUUGGCAAAACAAUUCUACCUUACAAACACCUACUAUGCAGCACCCCCACCUCCAGCCCAGACAAAUUCAUCCAGGGAGGUGAUAGAAAAGAACUGUACAAAAGUUGGAAAUGUAGCAGAGUGCAACACUACUACUACCACCACUACAUACAACAAAACCCAGACCAACUCAAGGUCCAUUGAUACUCCCCCUCCCUCUAUGGAUACUCCUCCUUCGGUACCUUCUGGUGUGGAGAAGAAUACUCAGUCUUUAUUCUUACCUGUGUUGGUUCUCUGGCUUGUUAUUAUUAGGCAUUAGACCUUUUGAUCCAAUUGAUGAUGAUUAUGGAUUAUUAGUAUUAACUUUACCAUUUGUUGAAAAUUCGAUGAUUAUGGGUUAUUAGUGUUUGAUUUUCUU